AUGAAAGCUCAAGUUCCGGUCUUAUGUCAAGUAUCAAAAAAAUCAAAAAAAUCUAUCCACGUUUAUCCGACUAAAGCUCAAUCUCCGCCAAUCGCAUUCGCCUCUUUGACUUUACCCGGAAAUUUGAAUAUUUCUUGGGAUCCUGACUUUAAAACUCCUGCAGCGAGUGUUAAUGCUUCUGGGAUCUUAAGGAUAUCUUUUUGGAAGGUAGACCCAAAAAUAUCGGUCGAAACUACUUCAAAGAUUUUCGACAUACAGAGAUUUGACAUGGCAGAGCUUCGAAAACGCAAACCAAUUCACAAAGAUUUCAGCAGUAGAAAAAAACAAAAGGGGUUCUAUAAAAGGUUUUCGAGCAAUACUGCACCUGUUGGUUUGAAACCGGGAAUUUCAGGGAUAUUUGUGAGUUGUCCAAAGGACAAGGAACCACUCUGUAUUCAAGAAUGUUAUAACUUGUUUAAUGAGUAUGCUGAAAAAUUAUAUGAUAUAGAAGAUUCAAUUGCCAGAGAACUUGCACAAAUAAAAAAAAAGCAUGGAGAUUACUUGUUCUCGUCAAUACAAACGGGAUCCGAUUGCAUUGUGUUUAUAAAGACCAAGCCUCCUGUUGAACCAGCAAACUUUGUUCAUCAGACACUUUCUGAUAUAUACGAUAACAAGCUUAAGAAGUCUAGAUUUAUUCAACGAUUAACGCCAAUAACUAAAACAUGCUAUGCCAAUAUGCCUGCAAUUAUUGAACUAGCAAAAGAAGUUAUUGGUCCCCAUUUUCAUUCACAAGAUGAAAUCACCGAAGAAGAGAAGAAAAAUAUUCGUUACUCAAUUGUGCCACGAAUCCGAAACAACCACAAGAUAGACAGAACGCAAUUGAUUGGCACUUUGGCAGAGAUAGUUGGCAAACAGCACACAGUGAACCUUGACAAUCCUGAGCUAGCGGUUAUAGUUGAGGUGUUUAAGAGCAUCUGUGGUAUAAGUGUUGUAAGAGAUUACAUAAAAUUCAAGAAAUUCAAUUUAGAGUUGAUAUCUAACAAUGGUGACAAUCUUAACACUGAAUGUAUUCAAACAAAAAUGUCGUCAACUGUUGAGGGAUCAUCGACGAAUAAUUAUGACAAAGUUUAUGAUGGCGAUCGAAUGGAUGCCAUGAAUGAUUUUGCUGAACAAUUUUCUUCUUUGGAUUUGAAUCAAAGUACAAAUUAUAGUAAAUAA